AUGCCCAAAACAUCCCGGGGGGAAAAAGAAAAACACCACUGACAUAAUCAGGGACUUUCUCUUAAAUGUCACUCCUUAGGCUUAGGUGAACUUACCUUGGUUCACAAGUCAAGUACAUGAAUAAAAAGGGUACAGAUUCAGCAGUUCAGUUUGACACCCCCUCCCCCAACGAAAGACGGAAGGAUGCCAAGAGAUGAUGAUGAUGAUGGUGAUGACUCUGAGAUCAGAGUCCUCAGGAAAGAACUUGACACUUCUCUAGCGAGGAACCAAACGCUGGAGAAAGAAAACCAGGAACUUAAACAAGAAGUGGCCCGUCUUAGAACACAGAUAAAUUCUCUCAAAGCACACAGUAUCGAGAGGAAAUCCAUACUCUGGAAGAAGCUGCAGAAUUCAAUCGAUGGCAACAGCCCAGAUGUAUCUCCGCAGAAACCAUUGUUUCAGGUGAGAAUGCCAGAACAGAAUCCAGCAAUGGAGAAUUUGCAGCUGAGGCCAGAGUUGCCACGAUCUGGAAAUAGCAAGGAAAGACAUGCAAGGGUGCCAAAACCACCACCCCCGCCUACUUCUGGGGUUACUCCCUCAGUCAAGAAUGUAAAAGAACACAAGGGGCCACCAGUGCCAGCACCAGCACCGCCACCCCCACCACUACCCUCAAAAUUAAUUGGUGGAAGAAAAGCAUUGCGCCGUGUACCAGAAGUGAUGGAGCUCUACCGCUCGCUUACAAAGAGAGAUGCUCAAAUUGAGAACAAAACCAGUGCAGUAGGAAAUCAGGCAGCUGCAAAUCCUAAAAACAUGAUUGGUGAAAUCGAGAACCGCUCAACUUAUGUUUUGGCUAUAAAAUCAGAUGUGGAAACACACAGGGAAUUCAUCACUUUCUUAGCAAGGGAGGUGGACAAUGCAGCUUACACAGAGAUUUCUGAUGUGGAGGCAUUUGUGAAAUGGCUGGAUGAAGAAUUAUCCUACCUGGUUGAUGAAAGAGCAGUGCUGAAGCAUUUCCCACAAUGGCCAGAGAGAAAAUCAGAUGCAUUGCGGGAAGCUGCUUUCAGCUACCGAGACCUCAAAAACCUUGAAUCAGAAAUUUCAUCCUUUGAGGACAACCCCAAACAGCCUUUAAGCCAGGCUUUAAGAAGGAUGCAAGCGCUGCAAGACAGAUUGGAACGAAGUGUCGGCAACAUGGAAAGAAUGAGAGAAAAUACAAGCAAGAGAUACAGAGCAUUUCAAAUCCCUUGGCAAUGGAUGCUAGACACAGGGCUGAUCGGACAGAUGAAGUUAAGUUCAAUGAAGUUGGUGAAAGAACACAUGAAAAGAAUAACUAAAGAAUUGCAGUCCAACGAAUGCUCACAGGAAGAGGAUCUCAUGCUUCAAGGAGUUCGAUUCGCUUAUCGAGUACACCAGUUUGCAGGUGGUUUUGAUGCAGAUACAGUAGAUGCAUUUCGAGAACUUAGAGAGGCUGGAAAUUCUCGCACAGGUGGUUGCAAACAAGGGCAUGAUAAUGACACAAUUCAAGCAUGUUAGAAUACAAAUUACGUGAAAAUGGUGGCCACCUAAAUGAAGGGUACUGGUUAACUAUCUUUUCAGAAAAAUCCUGAGUUGCAUGUCUGGUUAAGAUUCCAGAUAAUUUUUUUCUCGUAAAAACUUAAAAAAGGCUGUUCCUAGCAGCUGAGAUGCAGAUUGCAAUGGGUAUGAUACCUCUGAAUCCUUGCUACUUGAAGAAAA